GAGGCCGUAAAGAAUUGAAAAGGUGAUGCAAUUCUUGAAGAUUGAAGAUAUAUGACCAAUUCUCUUUGCGUAUUGAGAAGGCCUCUCGACAAGAACAUCAGCAAGCACCAAUACCUGUAACUGUAGGUCCCUAUUCAGCAACCGCAGUUCCUUCUUGUAAUCUACACAAAGAUAUUCAUCAAUAAAACAAAGAGUAAGACAGAUAAAAAGAAAGCAUCUUUCAUAUAACUUUAUAAAACCAAUGUCAUGUAAUAAUAAGUGUUGAUUCCAAUUAAAGGGAUUAAGAAAAACCAUCCUCAUCAAGCCAAUAUAACAUUUGCAUUUGAGUAUGAUUCCAGUUAAGAAGAAUGACAUACGUACCAACAUUUGAACCUUUGGUUAAAAAAGACUCCACAUUCCACACUCCACAGCAGAAGAACGACAUCGUUUCAAAUUCCGCGGUUAAGUAAGGCUCCGCACCUUUGGGCCGGGCUUUUUACUUAUGGAACAUAUCCGUAGGAUUUUCCGACCAAAAGAAAAAAAAAAAAAAAAAAAUUUAGAAUGCAUGCAUCUAACUUUGGUAAUAAAUUCGAAACUUCUCUCUUUCGACGUGGCUUAACCACUCAUCUCAAUUUCUCUCGCGGUCUAGAUUCUCUCCGCUUCUAUGUCUUUCCAGAGAAAAUCCGGGACAGCGAUUCACGUCGCUCUAUCUUCAAUCGUAUUCUUCUUCUUGGACCUCAUUGACGCGAUUCUCUGCGUCGUUUACAAGUUCGUCGACGAGAUUUUGGAAGGAAAAUCAAGAGACUGUUACUGCACGGCGGCAGCGGCUUCUCAAAUUCAAACCACCUGUGAAAAUGAAUUGUCAGAGACUUUAUUCCGGAGGAGAAACAUUUUCCAGGAAAUGUGGUUUCUGGGAUUCGCUAGAAAAUUCAAAUCCAAGCUUUCUCGGGAAAUGAAAAUUUCUGAGAUUCACGAGUCGGUGAAUAGAUGGUCAGACUGUGGAUGCCAAUCUUGCAAUUCGUGGACGAAGAACGAAGAUGGGAAUCUUCACGUCGUGGUCAAAGAUUCUACUUCUCCAGAAACAGAGUACUCUGUUCAAGAACCGUCUGAGAAUGUAAUAUUUAUACAUGGUUUUAUGGGUUCAUCACAUUUUUGGACUGAGACUGUGUUUGAACUCAUUAAGAAAGAUGAUUAUAGGCUCUUCGCUAUCGAUCUUUUGGGAUUCGGGGAUAGUCCUAAGCCAAGGGAUAGUUUCUAUACAUUGAGAGAUCAUGUGGAGACGAUAGAGAGAUCUGUCAUUAAGCCGUGUCAAUUAGAUUCAUUUCAUGUAGUUGCACAUUCGAUGGGUUGCUUAAUUGCUCUUGCUUUGGCUGCUAAACACUCCAACAUUGUUAAAUCCGUCACUCUUGUUGCACCGCCUUAUUUUCCUUCAUCGGUUGAAGGAUCAGUCUUGAAUCGAAUCGCUAAAAAGCGGUUGUGGCCGCCGCUUGCGUUUGGAACAGCGGUGAUGUCUUGGUAUGAACAUAUUGGUAGAUGCGUAUGUUUCAUAAUCUGCAAGCAUCACAAGAUAUGGGAGUGGCUAAUCAAGCUAUAUAUGGGUAAAAGGGAGAUUCCUUGGAAGAUAAAGGACAUAACAAGGCACACACAUCACUCUGCAUGGCAUAGUAUGCACAAUGUGAUAUGUGGUGGCUCCAAAUUUGCUGAUGAACAUCUCGAAACCCUAAUAAAUUCUGGCGUUAAGAUUCACUUGAUGCAAGGCGACCGCGAUAAAAUCGUUCCUUCACAUUGCUCUAGCAACAUGAAGAGGAGAUUUCCGUCGGUGGAAGUGGAUAUCAUCGCUGGUGCUGAUCAUGAUAGUAUGAUAAGUGGAAGAGGAGAAGAGUUUGCUGAGAAAUUGGAGAGCAUUUGGUGUUCAUGUAGAACAGUUUCAGUUACUUAAAACAUUGAAUAAACUCAGUUUGAUACAAAAAUAAACAAGAAACAGAAUCUUGUUCUUCUCUUUGACCUAAACGAAUGGAUGCAAAACUGGGAACAUAAGCGAGAAUGACGUCGACUGAAUUCUUUGAGUCGGAUUGAAAGAUGAAGUCUAUUGUUGUUGGGCCAUUUAAUGGGGGCCAAAAUGGAGUCCAAUUAUCGAUUGUACCAUACUACCAUGUACUCACAUCGAUAAAUUUAUAGUCAAAUCCAUGGUUCUUUGACUGCAGUUGAGAAGAAUUUUCCUCUAUACACUCAACGUCAAAGCCAAGCUACCCUAGAAUUUUCCUCUAGGCAAGGGAUCGAUUCCCCGCAAGCGCGCAAUUGUUAGAUCUCCACUUGGCCACAUGGAUAUGGGCCCUUGCUUUCGGCCCAUUUGCAUACCCGGAGAGAGAGUCUAUCUGUGGGCUGCACCUCCCCCAGGAGAUUAGUCUGGGCCCCUCCAUAAGUCUGGGAUUCCCCUGAGUUAUCAAAAAAAAAAAAAAA